UCCUGUACUUCAUUGCUCUUGGCAGUCGUAUCGGCAGGAGUGUUCUGUCCUUCAGACGUUAUCCAGAGAAAUAAAAGGACCACCAUGUAUGCAGUUGUAACCUUAGAAGAAUCAGAAGAGGUGAUGGUGACAGCAUCAAACUGGUUGAGCGAAGACAAAAAACAAUGUUACUGGCCUCCAUACAAAUCAUCAGAGAAAUUCAUAGAAGCUGUUCAGAAAGGAUUAGCACCUCAAACAGGAGAGAAAUCUUGGGAGAAAUUAGCUGUCCUGUUUCAUGAAGAAUAUGGCACUUAUGAGGAGGCCAAGGAAAAACAAAAAGAAUUGAAUGAGCAGACAGAACAAGCAGCCACAGCAGUGAAUCAAGUGACAGAAACCUGUCCACUGUUUCCUGGGCCAUCAUUAGGAUUUUCACAGAAUGCCAGUGGGUCCAAAGUAUUUAGCAUUGCUGUACUUGCCGGGACAACUUUAGAAAUACAAGGCACUAAAAGAAAGCGUGAAUCGAGGGAUUUAAAUAUCAGUGCUAAAUCAAAUUCAGAGAUGGCCAUAUUGAAUAUGGCAAAAAAAAAAAUGAAUGAAGUUAAUGUUAGACUUCAGAACAUCAGCAGCACAGACCGAACGACAAAUGAGUUGAAAAACACCAUUUUAGAUGCCAUUGCAAAAAUUAAUGAGAUGGAGAAAGACAAAAGAAGAAAGGAAACUAUUGGUGUUUUUGGAAAAACAGGAGAAGGAAAAAGCUCUUUAUUAAAUGCAGUGUUGGGAUUAGAGGGUCUACUGCCAUCUGGUAGUCUUGGUGCCUGUACAGCAGUUAUUACUCAAGUGGAAGCAAAUCUGGAGGACUCUGAAUACAAAGCUGAGAUUGAGCUUAUCUCUAAAGAGGAAUGGGAGAGGGAGAUUGCUUCCAAAGAUGAAAGAACUGAUACAGAUAAUGAAAGGAUCAUUGCAGUGUAUGGGGCUGAUGCAGAUAAGAAAUCACUGGAAGAACUUAAAAAAGAUGCCAAAUAUGCUGAAAUUGAUCACUUUUUGUCCGCUGGGAAAAAAAUUAUUUCACAUACUGAAGUCUUUGACUUUCUCCAUGAUGUUAAACGUAACAUUGAGCAAAGUGAGUAUAAUCCUGGUGGCUGGUACUGGCCUCUUGUGAAGAGUGUGACCAUCAAGAUUCCAGAUCGUCAAGAGCUUCUGGAACACAUUGUGCUGUUUGAUGUUCCUGGCACUGGAGACUGCAACAAGAUACGAAAUGAUCUGUGGAAAUCAAAAGUGAGAGAGUGCUCUUCUGUGUGGAUUGUAAAUGGUAUCAAUCGAGCAAUUAGUAGCAUAGAGCCCUGGAGCAUAAUGGAGCACUGCAUGCAAGACUUGGGACCAGGAGGACAGUGCAAAACAAUAAACUUCAUCUGUACCAGGACUGAUGACAUUAAUAUAAAAGAAUAUCAAAGAUCUGCACGGCCCUCUGGAGACCAAUUUACUUCAGGCAAGAAUCUGAAAACAGCAUGCAUACAUCAUAGGAACAAGACUGCAAAGGAUUCCGUGAAAAACAAGUUUGAAACCAUGAAAUCAAAAGACUUCAGAAGAUUCACCGCUGAUGUUUUUACUGUCAGCUCUAAGGCAUACUUUGAUGCAGAUCUUCAGAUGGAUCAAAAUGAAACUGAGAUCCCAAAACUGCAGGACCUUCUCAAGAACACCAACAAGAGCAUCAGGAGGGAACUGACCAGAGAUUAUGUCAAUCAAGCAAAGGGAGUUUUGUUCUUCAUCCAAAGUAUCAAACUGGAUACAAAUGAAGGAAUGGCAAAGCUUAAAGCCACAGUUUGUAAAGAUUACUAUGAGAGCCUUGAAAAAGCACUGAAGGAACUGAACAGUCAGUUUAAUUCACAUUAUAAGAUCAUAGAGCAAUGUUUCUCAAAAGGAGUGGAGAAAUCAGUGGAACAGUGUGUCAGUACCACAAAGCCUGUGAUUGCAUCUGUGAAACCAUCAGAUAAAACCCUCCAGGCUUUGUGCAAGAACAAAGGAUAUUACUGGCCAAAAAACAAGGAUGCACCUGUAGAUCUAAACAAGUGCUUGGCUAAACACAUCUACGAAAACAUUGAUGAGGAGUUCAAUUUGAUAUUUCCUGUUGAUAGUAAAAUCAAAACAGGGAAGUCAGUGCAAGAACAGAUCGAUAAGUUCAGUAUCAUUCAGAAUGGCACAGUUUACGCUCCAUCUUCCAUGCUGUACCACAUUCAGAACUUCAUGAAAACAGAGGAAACCAAAGUGAAGACAUUCCUCAAAAGCGAUGUUGUCCAAAGAAAGAUAAACAUCUACUCAUUGAUCCAAACAACAAUUCAGGAUCAAAUGACUGCUGGCUAUAAAAAAGCUGCAGAGAAGAGAGGACUUGGAGCCAUGGGAAAGAGAGAGACCACAAUAAUAGAAACAAUUGAAUUGUUAAAAGACAGCAUGUUCAAAGACGCAAAAAUACAAUUUCUGAAAGAGUUCAAGUCUGUGACGAACUAUAUAGGCAAGACCCUUAAAACUGAGCUGAGCAAAUCAGUGGAGCGCUCAUUCUCACAAAGCAGCAAAGCUUCCCUGAUGGAUGUCUCGACAGAGAUUGAAACCCUGGAGACGCUGUCUGAACACAUCGCAGAAAUCUGACUAAUGUUAACAGUUUAAAGCGACGACGAGAGAACGCAAUUCAGCAUCUCCAGUUACUCAUGAAUUUAAACCUUUAAGUGAAUAUCCACUGUUGAUUUAAAACUUGUCUGUCUAUUCACAUGUCUUGAUAUAGGUGUGAAAGAACACUUUUUUGAUGUGUAGUUUUGUUUUUAAUUAGAUAGAGCUUAAACCUGCUAAAGUAGAGUACUGAAAUUAAUUGUACUGUAUGUCACUUCAUAUGUACUGUAACAUGCUUGUAGUCUGUGUGACUGAUUGUGAUAAUGUGCAAAUGUUAAAUCUAGCUAAUACGCAAUGAGAAGCAGAGAGGGUGAUCAUUGAUUUUGUAUUAAAACCAUUUAAAGUUUUCUCAGAUCG